UUAUGCAAUUUUGUUCCUUUGUUCUCUUUUUCUUAUCUAUAAAAAUCACUUUCAAUGUCAUCAUUACUGAAAAGGUGGGUCAGUUUCAAGAACUUUUUUGCCUCUUUGAAUUUGGAUUUUUGAGUACCCAUUGGAGAAAAGAUUCUUGAUUCAGUGGAACUGGUGAAGAAAAUGGAGUGUACUUUGAAUAAACAGAUGACCACUCUUCCUUUAUCUGAUGAUGAAUCUUUUAUGGAGAUGGGUGCUGGGAAUUAUGGGUGUGCGCAUUAUCGGAGGAGAUGCAAAGUUAGAGCACCUUGUUGUGAUGAGAUAUUUGAUUGCAGGCAUUGCCAUAAUGACUCAAAGAAUGCUUUAGAUGUUGAUCCACUAAGACGCCACGAUCUUCCUCGCCAUGACGUUAAAAGGGUCAUUUGCUCAUUGUGUAAUACCGAACAGGAUGUUCAACAAACGUGCAUCCAAUGUGGGGUUUGCAUGGGGAAGUACUUUUGCUCAAAGUGCAACUUCUUCGACGAUGAUGUUUCGAAGAAUCAAUACCACUGUGAUAAAUGUGGAAUCUGCAGAACGGGUGGCGAGGAGAAUUUCUUUCACUGCGACACAUGUGAAUGCUGCUAUUCAACUUCACUCAAGGAAUCACAUACUUGUAUAGAAAGAGCGAUGCACCACAAUUGCCCUGUUUGCUUCGAGUACGUAUUCGAUACAACAAAGAAUGUUAUCUCCUUGCCUUGUGGUCACACCAUGCAUCUGGAAUGUGUACUGCAGAUGGAAGGAUAUUUCCAGUAUUCUUGUCCUCUUUGCUCAAGAUCAUAUUGUGACAUGUCUUCAAUCUGGGAGCAACUGGACCAGGAGGUUGCAUCAACACCUAUGCCUGAAAUGUAUCAGAACAAGAUGGUUUGGAUUCUUUGCAAUGACUGUGCAGUAACGUCUGAGGUUAACUUCCAUAUCGUGGCACUGAAAUGUCCUAGUUGCAAAUCCUAUAAUACAAAGCAGAUAAGAGGAGGCAAUACUUCAUACGCGAAUAUCACAGAAAUGGUCAGUUGAGGUUCUUAACCGCGAUAUUGGACCAGCACUUUUCGUCAAAUUACUGUUGGAAAGCGUUGGAACGAUGAACUGGUAUGAUUAUUGCGUCAUUUCUUUCGACAAGUUAAUCAUGGGAAGCAUCAAGGAGUUGUGGAACAUUCUUCACUUAUUAUUUCAGUUCAGGCGUAUUUAGGGUUUUAAGUUUAUGGUCUCUGAAGUCUGUCCUUUUUUACUUACUAGUAUCGAGAUAGGUUGUGUAUACGUAUUAAGUGGAGUCCUAGACGCAUAUAUAAGGUAUGAAGCAAAGCUACUGAGUUCUGUCGAACUCAUAUCAUGUACUGUAGAUCCGCCUCUUAUCUAUCUCUAUGCAAGUUUAGUUUCUCGAUUUGAUAGUAAGUUUGUUAUGUCGAUAUCUUGAAAUGUCAACUGAUGGCAUGUUUGUAUAAAGAUUAAGCAGAAAAGAUAGCAAGUUAAUAUGCAUUUGAUGACUA